GGAGUGAGAGUUGAUGCAUGUGUAUGUCUGGUUUUUGAGAAUAAUUAAGUGUGGAAACUCUGUUGGUAAUGUCUACUGGGUGCCCCCCGGGGUCUGUGGCCUUUGCCGCCAACCAAGGAAACAAUGCACCUCUCUUCCCAUUUCUUUUAAAGUUAACAACAACUUCACUUCACCAUUUCUUCUUCUUCUCUCUCUCAAAUAACUCUUGCAAAUUCUCGAUUCAUUGGGUUAUGAACACAAAGGUAGUACAGUAAUCAGUUGAGUUGCUAGGAAAAUGAAGUUCAUGAAACUUGGAUCCAAACCUGAUACCUUUCAAUCAGAUGGGAAAAAUAUCAGAUAUGUUGCUUCAGAGUUGGCUUCUGACAUCGUUGUUAAUAUAGGAGAUGUGAAGUUUUAUCUGCAUAAGUUUCCUCUUAUGUCCAAGAGUGCUUGUUUGCAAAAGCUGGUAGCGAGCACUAGUGAAGGAAAUGGUGAUGAAGUUUAUAUCCAUGACAUUCCUGGAGGGCCUAGUGCCUUUGAAAUAUGUGCCAAGUUUUGUUACAGUAUGACCGUUACACUGAAUGCUUAUAAUGUCAUAGCAGCAAGGUGUGCUGCAGAGUAUCUUGAAAUGCAUGAGACUGUUGAGAAAGGAAACCUUAUUUACAAGGUUGAUGUUUUCCUUCACUCGAGCAUCUUCCGAAGCUGGAAAGAUUCAAUAAUACUUCUUCAGACCACUAAGUCAUCUCGGUUACAUAUGUGUGAGGAAGUGAAGUUGAUCAGCUACUGUAUUGAUGCUAUAGCAUCCAAGACAUGUAUUGAUGUUCGCAAGGUUGAUUGGUCUUACACCUAUAACCGGACAAAGAUACCAGAGGAAAAUGGAAAUUCGAAUGGAAUUAGAAGCCGUGUGGUGCCAAAUGAUUGGUGGGUUGAUGACUUAAGUGAGCUUGAAAUAGAUCUUUAUAAACGGGUUAUUGUCAACAUAAAGAAUAAAGGGAUUGUUUCCCCGGAAGUGAUUGGAGAAGCUAUUCAAGCUUAUGCUUCGAGAAGGUUGCCAGGCUUUAGCAAGGGUGAUGUCUCCAGAUCACGCUCUAUAUUGGAUACAAUUGUAAGGUUAUUACCUGCUGAAAAAGGUAGCGUCUCUUGUAGUUUCUUGUUGAGAUUGCUAAAAGCAUCCGUUUCAGUGGAUUCUGGAGAAAUGGUAAAGGCAGAACUAGUAAAAAGAAUAGGGCAGCAACUGGAGGAGGCUUCUGUCGAUGAUCUUUUGAUUCGAGCUAUAGAUGGGGAAGCGACAAUGUAUGAUGUCCAUGUCGUCCACAAAAUACUAGAAGGUUUUGUGUUGCGUGAUGAAGAUUCUAAAACUGAGUUGGAAGAUGGUAAUGAUGAAAUUCCAGAGGUCAGAAAGCCAGGGCUUGACUCAGAAGCUUCAAAGCUCAUGGUGGCGAAGCUAGUAGAUGGAUACCUUACAGAAAUUGCCAAGGAUCCUAAUCUCCCUUUGUCAACAUUUGUUGGUCUGGCAGAGAUGGUCACAAAUUUCCCUCGCCCUCGUCAUGACAGCCUUUAUCGCGCAAUUGAUAUGUACCUCAAGGAGCACCCUGGGAUCAGCAAGAGUGACAGAAAGAGAAUUUGCGGGCUGAUGGACUGCAAGAAGCUCUCUGUUAAUGCAUGUACACAUGCCGUGCAAAAUGAGAGACUUCCGUCACGUGUUGUCGUACAAGUUCUCUUUUUUGAGCAAGUCAGGGCCAAUGCAUCAUCGGGUUGCAGCACCCCGGAUCUGCCCAAAGCUAUUAGGGACCUUACUGCUGGUGUUUCAUAUGAGAGCUCAAGAUCAGCGACAACAAAUACAGAAGACUCGGAGGUUACAGCCUCUGCUGAAGAACUGAGGGCAUUGAAAGAAGAGCUGGCAGCCUUAAAGUUGCAAAAUGGAGGACUAAUUGACAAAGUUAAUGGAGAUACCAAACGUGCUGCCACUAGUAGAAUGAAAGGCUUGCUUUCAUCGAAGAGAAUCUUUUCCAGAAUCUGGUCAAGUAAAGGCGGGCAAGGGGAAAAUAGUGGGUCAGAUUCAUCGGAGAGUCUUGGUUCUGCCAGCUUAGAAGAAGCAAAGUACACACCUUCAAGAAAAGGAAGACAUUCAGUUUCUUAGUCCUAACUAGAAAAUGCAUGUAGUCACUAGUCUUGGAUUCUUUUGGGGGUUUCAUUAAAUGACCUCAGCAUGUCAAAAACUACUUUUCUUAA